UUUAGCAAUUAAUUCCUUUCUCAAUUUGGAUCCGGACGGCGACGGAGGGCCCUCUUCUUCGCGAGCCCAUGAACAGCGUCCGCACCGACGGUAACAAUGGCGCCGGCGAGGCAUGCGACUCGUCAGCGCGUUCCUCGUCCGCUUCUGGCAAGCAGAAGGAGAAGGAGAAGGCGCGGGUCAGCCGGACGUCGCUCAUCCUCUGGCACACCCACCAAAACGACGUCGCCGCCGUGCGUAAGCUCCUCGAGGAGGACCCUGACCUCGUCAAUGCCCACGACUACGACAAACGGACCCCUCUCCACGUCGCGGCGCUCCACGGUUGGGUCGGGAUAGCCAAGUGCCUCAUCGAGUUUGGCGCCGACGUCAAUUCCCAAGACCGGUGGAAGAACACGCCAUUAGCUGAUGCAGAAGGCGCUAAGAAGCGUAGCAUGAUUGAGCUUCUAAGUUCAAAUGGUGGAUUAUCUUUUGGACAAAAUGGAAGCCAUUUUGAACCAAAGCCAGUGCCACCUCCUCUUCCUAGCAAGUGUGACUGGGAAAUUGACCCAUCUGAGCUGGAUUUUUCUGUUGCAACAAUCAUCGGAAAGGGUUCAUUUGGCGAAAUUAUAAAAGCUUAUUGGCGUGGAACACCUGUUGCUAUCAAACGUAUUCUUCCAUCUUUAUCAGAUGACAGAUUGGUUAUCCAAGACUUCCGCCACGAGGUAAAUGUAUUGGUAAAACUGAGGCAUCCCAACGUCGUCCAAUUCCUUGGAGCUGUAACCGACAAAAAACCCUUGAUGCUAGUUACUGAGUAUUUAAGAGGGGGUGAUCUUCAUCAGUAUCUCAAGGAAAUGAGUUCACUUAGUCCACAAGUAGCUAUCAACUUUGCACUAGAUAUUGCCAGGGGCAUGGCAUAUCUUCAUAACGAACCAAAUGUGAUAAUACAUAGAGAUCUAAAACCAAGAAAUGUUCUUUUGGUCAAUGCAAAUGCGGAUCAUUUGAAAGUUGGAGACUUUGGACUCAGCAAGCUCCUCAGUACCCAAAAUGCACACGAUGUAUACAAAAUGACAGGAGAAACUGGAAGUUACCGGUAUAUGGCUCCUGAAGUAUUCAAACAUCGCAAAUAUGAUAAGAAAGUUGAUGUGUUCUCUUUUGCUAUGAUAUUGUAUGAGAUGCUUGAAGGUGAGGCACCAUUUUUAAGCCAUGAACCAUAUGAAGCAGCCAAGAUUGUCGCAGAAGGCAACCGUCCAAAGAUCCGUGCUAAAGGAUAUACACCAGAACUGAGAGACUUGAUAGAGCUUUGUUGGGCUGCUGAAAUUAAUAAGAGGCCCUCGUUUCUUGAUAUUCUCAAGAGGCUCGAAAGGAUCAAGGACAGCCUUUCCUCAGAUCACUCCUGGAACAUCUUCAUCCAGUAGAUUAAUUCUUUGUAUCUUUACGCAUCAUUUUGGUGGUUAAAAAAAUCAAUGAAAAUCAUAAUUUGGCAAAUAAUGAGAUAAUUAAAAAACUACAAUUGUGUAUAAUCUCUUUGAAUGAUCAAUUUUGCUUUUUGAACCAUGAUUA